UCACAAAGAAUGAAAAAAACAGCCAGAAAGAAUUGAGAUCAGCUGUGGAAGAAUAGCUAAUGCAAUUCCUAAUGAAAGCCGAAAUCCAAUCGAGGGGAUGUACAAAGAAGAUAAGGACUAUAUACUUACGUUUUAUAAAGGUGAGGUUGGGGAGUUAAAUAAUGGCUCAGAGCGAUCUUUCCAAAAGAGAAAGAAAUUUGAGGCACGAAAAAACGAUGAAAGACAGACGUGAGGAAUAGGGAUGACGAAACCUUCUAACUGCAAAGAGGCGGAAUUUUUUGGACGCCGUUCAACUGAAGCUUUAUAUACGUAGGAGAUUUUUUUUUUUUUUUUGACAGAAACCUAAGUUAAUUUGUUAGUAUUACAAAUUUACUACGGAGUAUUGAGGAAUCCAAGUCAGUAAAUUGCGUUAUCGCGUGGUUAACUUCUAAUUCGGAUUCCCUCUUCCUAUGCGUGCCCCAAUCGACGCCGGUUAACGUGGUUCACCUGGUCCGGUGUUUUCUCGCCGUCCGACCAAUACUUGUUUUUCUUCUUGAAAUAUGGUUGAAUGAAUUGGAAUUGGCACUUUUUAAAUUCGACCUAGACAUUCCUAUCCUAUCUUUUAUAGACCUCUUUUACAGUUACUUUGAGACGAAUCCAUUUCUUAAGCGAUCCGCACCGUUUCUUACAAUUAAACAAGCAAUUACUGUAAUACGGAGUAUAUGUGAAAGCGUGAGUUGUAAACAAUCCUGUAAGAUAUUAGGGCCUCUUAUUAGAAUCGGAGGAGCUAUGUAUAUAGAGGAAGCGAAGGCAGCAACAACGGUUAGGGAAGAGGCGGAGGUUAUGGGAGUUGAGGAGGCCGAACCUUCGCCUGGUAAUGGGGAAAUCGUGUGCAGGGACGAGGGGAGCAUUUUAGCGGCGGAUUCGAGACGAGCUUUGAUAGGCGUCGCAGCUCGAGCUCUGUUUUAUCCCACUUUGCUGUAUAAUCUUGUUAGAAACAGGAUCCAAACGGAGUUCAGAUGGUGGGACUGGAUUGAUGAGUUUGUAUUGCUAGGUGCUAUCCCUUUCCCAUCUGAUGUGAAGCGGCUAAAACAGCUUGGUGUUUUUGGUGUUGUUACCAUGAAUGAGCCAUAUGAGACACUAGUUUCAACUUCUUUAUAUCAGGAGCCCCAGCAUGGCAAGAUAUAUAAGUAUAUAACUUUCCCAACCAUCACUUCAUCCAAUGGUGAAACUAGUGGUAUCUUUCUGCUUAUCCUUUUCUUUUCUAACCUAUUCUGUAUAUACUCCGUAUUAAACUAUUAAUGUGAAGUUGCUACUAUCUAUAUGUUGUAGGCUCAAGGUAUUCGUAAUCUGGUUCUUCCAACAAGAGAUUAUAUGUUUGCACCUUCACUGGCUGAUAUAUUUCGAGCUGUAGACUUCAUCCAUGAGAAUGCAUCACAUGGACAAAGGACAUAUGUGCAUUGUAAGGCUGGCAGAGGGCGUAGUACGACAGUUGUGUUAUGCUAUUUGGUUAGGUACAAGCAGAUGACACCAAAUGAUGCUUAUGAUUAUGUGAAAGCAAUACGGCCAAGGGUGUUGUUGGCCUCAUCCCAGUGGAAGGCAGUCCAGGAAUUCUAUCAUCAUCUGAUGAUGAAGACGGGUAGCACAUACUCCUUGACCUUCUCUAUCACUAGUAGCCCCGGGCUCGUAUCUACAAAAAAUCUGUCGCCAUUUGAUGAUAGCUCUGUGUUAGUAAUAACUGAUGCAGAUCUCGAGGGAUAUGAUCCCAAUCAUGUGCUUGUGGCUGCAAGAAAUCAGAUAUGGUCUGAUCUUAGUAUGGUUUGGCGGUUUCGAAUUUCUAGUUUGGCAGCGUUGUCCAGAGUUUCUUGUCUUUGGCUCCAUUGCCAACAUCAUUUAAAGAUCCCCGGCUAAGGCCUAUUCAAUUAUGGGGCUUCAGCUUUCUGUAUUAAUUUGUGUUUGUAAAUCUUCGUUGUAUUUAUUAGAAUAUAAUAGAUGCAACUGACACAUACGGCUUAUCUUCUAUUUGAACCCUGGAUAACUGUAUAUAUAUGAAUCGUGUUCUGCUAGCUUCAUCCUUGUCUGGUUUUCAUUAUGAAGCAUGGAUUGGAACUCGAAUUGGAAUUGCUGUAUAGAAUUUUUACCAAACCAUGACUUACCAUGUCACAUUGUCA